AUGAACUUAAUUUUCCCGGAAAUCAAAUCAACCCAGAAUUUCAUCUCCCCUUCAUCACCACAACCACCACCACUCCGAUCAAACACAAGCUUCGAUUUAAGCAGCAAAAUCAGCCCAAACGUUCUCCUAACAAUCAUAAUCCUCUCGAUCAUCUUCUUCAUCUCCGGUCUAAUCCACAUCCUCGUCAAAUUCCUCCUCACACCAUCGACGCGAAACAGAGGAGAUUACUUCGACGACAACGUCACAGCUCUUCAAGGCCAGCUUCAGCAACUCUUCCACCUCCACGAUUCCGGCGUCGACCAAUCGUUAAUCGACACGUUACCCGUUUUCCAUUACAAAUCCAUCAUCGGUCUCAAGAUUUCAUCUUUCGAUUGCCCUGUUUGCCUCUGCGAGUUCGAAACAGAGGACAAGCUCAGGCUCUUGCCCAAAUGCAGCCACGCCUUUCACGUUGAUUGUAUCGACACGUGGCUCCUCUCACACUCGACUUGUCCCCUUUGCAGAUCCAAUCUCCUCCUCUCUGAUUUCUCAUCUCGUCACAAUCCAAGCUUCUCUUAUCUCUUUGUUCUCGAGUCCGCGAGUGAUCGAGAUAUGGUUUCUGUUCCUGAGACUAGUGAUCUUGGGUCGACCCGGUUCGUGUCGGGUCGUAAAUCAUGCGACCCGGGUGGUGAUUUGGAUGGUUUAGAUGAAAAGGUUGUUCCUUUAGAAGUUAAGCUAGGGAAGUUUAGGAACGUAGAUCAUGUUGGUGAAGGAAGUGUUAGCAAGAAUAGCAUUGUAGAUGAAAGGAGGUGCUUUUCAAUGGGAUCGUAUGAGUAUAUUAUGGACCAAGAAGCUACACUCAAGGUUCAUGUGUCGACCAAGAAACUAUCCGACAGAGACCAUAGGGUAGUUAUGUCGGAACGCGGUUUUGAGCCAACGGUUAAGGGAAAUGGGAAGAGUGUUGUGGAAAGAGAGAGCUUUUCUUUGUCGAAAAUUUGGCUAAGGGGUAAAAAGGAGAAGCAAAAGUGUCGAAGUGGUUAUAGUAGAGAUCAUGAAUGUUCUUCUGUGUCUUCCUCUUCAAUCCGAUUUCCGAACCAAACAAAUCCUCACGAGACGAAGAAUGAUGAAGAGUCUCAAAAGAGCGAGAACUCGGAAUCUUUAGAAACGAAAACGCCAUCUUUUGCUAGAAGGACCAUGUUUUGGCUUGCAGGGAGACAAAACAAGGUUGUUCAUCCUUCUACAACAUCCCAUGUCUAG